AUGCCUAGAUUGACUCCUUCAACGGUUCCAAAAGUUGCAAACUUUAGUGAGAAAAUAUUGAAUUUAACUAGAAAUAGUAUAGGACCUGCAGCCAAAGAUGUAGGGCCAGCAGUGGAUGAAUUGCUUCCUCAUUUCAGAAUUGGUGAAAAAGAAAUAUAUUUCCCAAAGGCAAGAAUUAUUCUAUUGAGACCAAAUGCUAAACAUACUCCAUAUCAAGCCAAAUUUAUAGUUCCUAAAUCGUUUAAUAAACUUGAUCUGAGAGACUACCUGUUCCAUCUUUACGGAUUAAGAGCAUUAAAUAUUACAACCCAAUUACUUCAUGGUAGAUAUGUUAGAUUGAGCGCGUUUUCUGGUAGAUUCAGAGGACCCCAGAUUAAGAAGAUGACAAUAGAGAUGGAACAACCUUUUAUCUGGCCUGAGGAGCCUGAAAGUAAUGAGGUUGCACGUUGGAACGAAAAAUUCCAAGAAGAACUAAAUAGAUAUAAAUCAGAAAACCAAAUGUCUGUUGGUUCUGAUAUAAAUAAGCCCUCGACUGCAUUUGACGGUACGUUAGGUAAAUACGCCGAAGGUGCUCAACCGUUUAUUCCAAGAUUCUGGAAGAGUGAACUUAUAAAUAAAAGAGACAGAGCAGAGAAGAAGAUUAAGUACAUGGAACAAUUGUCUAAAAUCGAUAAAUACGCUAAAGACAACGAGGUAACUCACUGA